AGGGGGGCGCGCCCCGGGCCCAGGCCCGGCCCCAGCUGCCGCUGCGGAGCCCGCCGGCAGGCCCCGGAGCGCGGCCACAGCGCAGCUGCUGCCAUGGCGCAGACCCUGCAGAUGGAGAUUCCAAACUUUGGCAACAGCAUCCUUGAGUGCCUCAAUGAGCAGCGGCUGCAGGGACUGUACUGUGACGUGUCAGUGGUGGUUAAGGGCCAUGCCUUCAAGGCCCACCGUGCUGUGCUUGCCGCCAGCAGCUCCUACUUCCGGGACCUAUUCAACAGCAGCCGCAGUGCUGUGGUAGAACUGCCCGCCGCUGUGCAGCCACAGUCAUUCCAGCAGAUCCUCACGUUUUGCUAUACAGGCCGGCUGAGCAUGAACAUGGGGGACCAGUUCCUGCUCAUCUACACAGCCGGCUUCCUGCAGAUCCAGGAGAUCAUGGAGAAGGGCACCGAGUUCUUCCUCAAAGUUAGCUCUCCAAGUUGCGACUCCCAGGGCCUGCACCCCGAGGAGGCCCCAUCCUCAGAGCCUCAGAGUCCUGUAGCACAGACACUAGGCUGGCCAGCCUGUAGCACGCCACUGCCCCUUGUGUCACGGGUCAAGACGGAACAGGAGUUGGACUCCGUGCAAUGCACACCCAUGGCCAAGAGGCUGUGGGAUAGCAGCCAGAAGGAGGCUGGAGGCAGUGGCAGCAACAAUGGCAGCCGCAAGAUGGCCAAAUUCUCCACACCAGACCUGGCCACUAAUCGGAUGCCCCAGCCAGUCUCAGUGGCCACAGCUACAGCUGCAGUGGCUGUGGUUGCAGUGGGGGGAUGUGUGAGUGGACCCAGCAUGUCAGAGCGGACCAGCCCAGGUACCUCCAGUGCUUACACCAGUGACAGCCCUGGCUCCUACCACAAUGAGGAGGAUGAAGAAGAAGAUGCGGGUGAGGAAGGUACAGAUGAACAGUACCGUCAGAUCUGCAAUAUGUACACCAUGUACAGUAUGUUGAACGUUGGCCAAACAGCUGAGAAGGUAGAGGCCCUCCCUGAGCAGGUGGUCCUCGAGUCUCGAAGUCGCAUCCGAGUACGACAAGACCUGGCAUCUCUCCCAGCUGAACUUAUCAAUCAGAUUGGCAACCGCUGCCACCCAAAGCUCUAUGAUGAAGGUGACCCGUCUGAGAAGCUGGAGCUCGUGACAGGCACCAAUGUGUACAUCACAAGGGCACAGCUCAUGAACUGCCACGUCAGCGCAGGCACGAGGCACAAGGUCUUGCUGCGGCGGCUCCUGGCUUCCUUCUUUGACCGGAACACACUGGCCAAUAGCUGUGGCACUGGCAUCCGUUCUUCCACCAAUGACCCCAGACGCAAGCCGCUGGACAGUCGCGUCCUCCAUGCUGUCAAGUACUACUGCCAGAACUUCGCCCCCAACUUCAAGGAGAGCGAGAUGAAUGCCAUUGCAGCUGACAUGUGCACCAAUGCCCGCCGAGUGGUACGUAAGAGCUGGCUGCCCAAGACCAAGCCACUGCACCUGGUAGAGGGUGAUAGCUACAGCAGCUUCAUCAGCGACACUGGCAAGAUAGAGCCGGACAUGAUGAGCAUGGAACACAGCUUCGAGACAGCCAGCCACGAUGGCGAGGCCGGCCCUUCGGCUGAGGUUCUCCAGUAACAUGUGUGACACCUCCCCUUACCAGAUGUCACACUCCCCUUCCUAUCACACACCCCCCCCACCUACCACCUGGUCACGAUCUACUGUCUGUCCCUCCUUAGGACAUGUGAGGGAGCACUCCAUGCCCUCUAUCAGAAUGCAAGAGCUGGCUGACCAAAGCCAAGCCACUGCAUCUAACAGAGGACAGCACCUACAGCAGCUUUCUCAAUGACAGUGAGAAAGAGCUGAACAUGUUGGGCAUAGAAGACAGCUUCCAGACAGACAGCCCCUUAGAGGAGGUCCUCCAGUAACCGCUUAGGACCCUCCCAUGGAUGUCACACUCCCCCUCCUGUCACAUACCCCCACCACCUUAGUCACGAGCUACUGUCUGUCCCUCCCUGGAACCUGCAGGGGGUGCUGCAUGCUCCCAGCCUCUCUGCCUCCCUGUCAUCCCACACCUUUUCCCCAAAGCAAGCUGGGCUGGGUCAGAAGAGGACAGGCAUCAGGUGGGAUCUGUGACCUUCCUCAACACUCAUGGGGAGCCCUGUUCCCCUUCCUCUUAGGCAUUUCCCAGCACCAGGCCCGGCUAGGGGACGGGCAGAGCUCAAGAAGAGCCUGCCCCUCACUGUGGCUGCUUGGGACUCCAUGGGCCCAGGGGUUCUCAGAACCCCUCCCACCACCCCCCAGUGCUUCCAUGUCUCCAAAAGCGCCUUCCUGUCCCUCUCGUCUGUCCCUGCACCUUGGGGCUGGGGUAGGUGAGGCCAAGAGGGACUGUCUACUUUAUAGCUAAGGAAACAAGCCCAAAUGGCUUAGAGAAAUUCUAGAACUGACCCUCUGUGGCAGCCUCCAUCAUACCCCUCUAAAUCCCACCCUGCUCUGCCUCUGUGGGCCCCUCAGCCCAAGAGGUUGGUUCUAAGAGAGCAGUGCUCCUCCUGUGGGCAGGCGAGAGUCUCAGGACAGGUUUCCAGUCUGGCAGAAUUUGUGGGUGUGCGUGCGUGUGUGCGUGCGUGCCUGUGUAGAGUGUUUGCUUUUAAAAACAUGAAGAUCAAGAGGCAGCAAGACCAGGGUCGGAACCAGGGAGCAGGCUGGGAGGCUGCUGCCCUUCUCCCAUCCGACCCUGGGCAGGGCUCCCAGCCCCCACCCCCUGUACAUAACUUUUUGAAACAUUUUUUUAGCGAAUGAAAUAUUGAAGUAUAAGAUUUCCUUUUAUUUUUCAAAUCAAUGGGAAUGUGUCUGAGGUCCCCUGGGUCCCUGGGCUGUGGAAGGCAGGAUGCAGGGAAAAUAGAAUGUGUGUGUGUGUGUGUGUGUGUGUGUGUGUGUGUGUGUGUGUGUGUGUGUGUGUAUGGAAUGUGGGUGCAUGUUUCCACAGGGGCCCAGUCCCAGUGCCCCAGGGCUCCUGUGGAUCCAACCAGCUUCCUCUUCCCCAGGACUACAGUUUAAGGGUGUUCACAGGUCCCAGUUGGCUGAGCCCACUCCUGGGGGAUGAGGCAGGGCAGGGUCCACAUCCAUUGUUGGUGGUGUGGAGCUUUCUCUGGCCGUUCCUUUCACUCUAACUCUCCAGGAGCAAGCUCUUGGGUUUCUGAGUUUAAUAUGUGAGCACAGGGUUUCUGUUACUCCCCUGCAUUAGUGUCAUUUCACCAUCUCACUGGUUCUGUUCUAGCCCUGACCUCCCUCCCUCUCCCCAACUCUGCAUUCUAGCUGUCUCUUCAGAGGCAGGGGGUUGCAGGAUUGGAGAAGGUGGGACGGAGCCUUUUGAGUCAGAUCUGGAGACUUGCCCCCAGGCCAGCAGCACCCUCUAAUCUGCCAGGGUCCCUCUUAACAUCUGAUGGUGAGGGUGGGGUGUUGGGUCUGACUUGACCCCAAUACCUGGGUGGCCAAGUGGAGGGGAGUUGACACCCCUAGCUAAAGCACAAGCACCUUAGUCAUACCCCCUCCCUCCACCCUGCCCUGGCCUGUUGUCCCAUCUCCCCCAGCAAAGAUCCCAAAGCACAAUGCCCUGGUAACUUGGCAGGCAGCUGAGCCUGGCCAUGGUGAGGACAGGCUGUGCUCCCUGCCCAGGCUUAGUCAGGGGGCAGCUCCAUGGGACUGAAAGGUCUUGUGGUGGAGUGGGCAGCAGAGCCCAUGGGUUCCAAGCACCUCAGGAGGUGGCCCUGACUCCCGGGGCUUGGGGUGGGGGAGGUAUAAAGCCAGGGGUGCAGGGGAGAAAACUAUUCACUAGGAGAGCCAAAGACAGGGUUGUGCCUUACCUCAGGAGCCACCCCUGCGCCCCUCCUCUGGGGAUCAGCUGCUUGCCCUGCCCUCCUGAGAGCUGCAUGCUCCCCACCCCAAGCAUCCAGGAGAGUGAAAAAGUAACCCACCUAGCAGGAAAGACAACUAGGGGCAAACCCAGUGCACCCUCCCACCCAUCCACACCUCUCAUGGGGACAGGCCAUCACCCACUGGCCCAUGUGAAGUGCCAAUGCCCUCCCCACCCAGAGCCAAGCCCCCACCCCUCCCAGGCCCACAAGUGAGAUUGCACAUUAACUACUGUACGGAGAGGAGAGGAGCGGUGUUGGGAAAUGUGAACCCUGAGAGUCAGUGAUGCUGAUAAGAAUAAACAAGACGCCUUUGUAACA